CACUGGGCGGGGACAUUACACAAGCACGCGUGAUUGUCGGCUGUCGUGAAACGAGUAGAACGAUUUCCUAUUGGUCGGAGACCAUAGAGGGGAAGUAUUAGCGUGCAUCCUACAAGUGUAAAGUGUCCUUGACAGUGAAGAGUAACAUGGAGCCUCCUGUGAUCGAUGGCUUCACCCCCAGUGCCCGCAUGCAGAAGGAGGGCUUCAGGGGAAAGUUCGUAAGGAAAGUGAAGGAGAAUCCCUUUGUACCGAUCGGGUGCCUCGCCACUGCCGGUGCUUUGACAUAUGGGCUUAUUGCUUUCAAGCAGGGGAAAACCCGCCAGUCCCAGCUUUUGAUGCGCACACGUAUUGCUGCACAAGGAUUCACAGUCGCAGCCAUUAUGUUUGGCGUCUUUAUGGCUGCUGGAAAAAAAAAUCCCACCUCAUCCUAAUUGAAGGCCUGAUUAUGUUGGUUAAAAGAAAUAAUACUAUGGCUCAUCCCAAGUGAUGGAGGAUCUUUUUUUAUGGGGGCAAGCUGAAGCCUAUGGAAAGAGUUGGACUCUUUUUAUUAUCGGAUUAUGGGAUAAAUGUUUAUGAUCAUAAUAAAUAUCUACACUAAGUAUACCUGAAUCUUCAUUGUAAUGGCGACAUGUUUUGAUGGCGGAUAUUAUACAGCUACUAAAGCCAACCUACGUAUUUAGGUGUGUGGGAAUCCUGCAUUCAGGGCUUUCUAGGUCACAAGGGUAUAACAAGGACUUGGGUGCUUCCAAAGUGGAGCCUAUCAUGGUGCAAUGUAUCCCUAAGUGAUACCUUUUGAAUUGGUUUACGGGUUGUUUUCUCCUGGAGGGAAUUUUGAAUUCUUACAUCACUGGUUUUGCUGUUUAGUAAGCAUAUAUUGUAACUAUUUUUUUUUGUAAAUAAAACUCAAAACCGAC